AUGUGGUGUGUCCAGCGAUGGCUGGGAAUGGCACUGGACCUAUUUGUCGCUGGAAUCGCCAUUAUUCUCGUUGCCUUUGCGACAAGUAUCAGAGGCAGUGGCUCAACUGGCUAUCUCGGCGUAGCCCUGUAUCAAAUCGUGACAUUAAGUACCACGCUACAGACGCUCGUUACCGAGUGGACGCAGAUUGAAAUGGCCCUUGGAGCUAUCAGUCAUGUCCGUACCUAUAUUCUCGACACAAAAGACGAGAACCUACCUAAUGAGACCGGACAUGUCAGCGACAAAUGGCCCGCAAAGGGCGCCAUUGUAUUCAACGGUGUCUCUGCAUCCUAUGACACUUCCACGGACCCAGUACUCAAGGACAUCAACCUUUCCAUAACACCUGGUGAAAAGCUCUCCUCUGCAUGCUGGAGCUUCAAUCAGUAUCGAUUUGCGUCGACGACAUCGACAUCAGCACCAUCGCUCGCCAGGCCUCAUGCUCGCUUCAACUCCCUUCCCCAAGACCCGUUCUUCCUACAAGGCACUGUCCGCGAGAACCUUGAUCUUCUCGGGGUCACCACCAACGAGCACUUGGUUCAGGCACUUCAGUCUGUGCGCCUAUGGGACUUCUGCGAGUCCUGCGGCGGCCUGGAUGAGGAUAUGAACGAAGGGACCUUGUCGCAUGGACAGAGCGUCCUCGUUAUGGAGGAGGUGGGUGGCAGCGUUGACGCGGAUACGGACGCUUUGAUACAUGAGAUUCUGCAGAAAGAAUUUGAGUCGUGCACUGUCAUUGCUAUUGUUUACAAGAUACACACAUGA